AUGGAUUUGAUGAACAGGGUGCUCAAGGAAUUCCUCGACACCUUCAUGAUUGUUUUUAUUGACGAUAUUUUGGUUUAUUCCAAGACAGAUGUCGAACAUGAGGAGCAUUUGCAGAAAGUUUUGGAGACGUUGAGAGCCAAUAAGCUGUAUGCUAAGUUUUCUAAAUGUGAGUUUUGGUUGAGGCAAGUGUCCUUUAUAGGGCAUGUCGUAUCGAAGGAAGGUGUCUCUGUGGAUCUUGCAAAGAUUGAGGCAGUUACGAGUCGGGCUCGUCCAACCACAGUUAGUGAGGUGCGCAGUUUCCUGGGGUUAUCCGGCUACUAUAGACGAUUUGUAAAUGACUUCUCUCGCAUAGUCGCCCCAUUGACUCAGUUGACCCGGAAGGGAGCCCUUUUCGUUUGGAAUGAGGCCUGUGAGAACAGUUUCCAAGAUCUCAAGCAGAAGUUGGUUUCAGCCCCAGUUCUUAUAGUACCAGAUGAAUCAGGUGGUUUUGUCAUUUACAGUGACGUGUCCAAGAAGAGGUUAGGAGGCGUACUGAUGCAGUAG